AUGACACAAACCCAGCAUACAACGCGCAGUUGCAGCAGCAGCAGCAGCGACUUACAGCAUGCGCAGCAGCGACGCCGACGCCAAAUGUCAAAGCAAUUUUCGGCACUGUUGCUGCUGCUGCUGUUCAGCUGCGGCGCAGCCGUCACGACUGCCGCUGCGACUGCGCAGUCGCGCAUCUAUGCGCGGCCGCAGCGUGCAAUAGACGACGCUGCCGCCGAAGUCGAGGCAGCGGAGGCGACGAGCUGCUGCCAGGGCGCAGCAGCCGCAUCUGUUGAGCCUGUCACGCUCGCACUGGAACUGAGCAAUGUGACGGCAGACUUUGGCGAAGCUGAUGGCUCCGGCGAGUCCUCCAAGGAGAACUUUAAGCGCAGCGUGUCGCGUGCUGAAGUGCGCUAUGCAACGCCCGCGAGCUGCUCACCACAGCCCACCAUUGUGGAGCUGAAGCCACUGACGGAGCAGGCCGGCGAGCAGACGGCAUCGAAUGUCUACUAUACGCCGGCGUGUACGCGCAUCAAUCGAUGCAAUGGCUGCUGCGGCUCCACGCUGAUCUCGUGCCAGCCGACGCAGACGGAGACGCUGCAGCUGCGCGUCCGGAAGGUGGAGCGCUUUGGGGCAAGCAGCAAGCGCGGAUCUGCCAUUGUCAGUGUGGAGCAGCAUUUGGCCUGCAGAUGCGAUUGCCGCAUCAAGGCCGAGGACUGCAAUGCGUACCAGGAGUAUCGCAAGGAUCUGUGCCGCUGCGAGUGCCAAAACACGGAUGCGCGCGACAAGUGCCUGGAGCAAUCGGAUCACAAGUACUGGGACGACGCCAACUGCACCUGCGCCUGCCGCUACAAUCAAUCCUGCACCACCGGCACCGUCUUCGAUGAGACGCAAUGCAAAUGCACCGAUAUCAAAAGUCUCGAGUAUUAUUCCUAGAAUACACACAUUCUAUAGCACACUGAAAACUCAUAGAUCCUUUGCUUGUUGUUGUUGUUUGUUUGUUUGUUUCAAAUAUGUGAUAAAUAUUAAAAAAAAAAAAAAAAAAGAAAGGCAGCUUUAUUUGCAGAAGAAA